UCUUCAUCUUCAUCUUCUUUUCUUGUAAACAUAUUGUUAUAUAAAUAUUAACUAAGCCACCCAGGUGUGAUCCUAUUAUCAUAUAAUCUUCAUCAAGGUCAGAAGUGUACAUGUAAACAAUUGCGCGAGCAGGAUAAUAAAAUCCAACAAUCACCAUCGAUAUAGAUUGAAGAUAUAUGGAAGCAGAUACAGUAUCAUCAUCUGUUGGAGGCAGUAGUAGUACCAGCCGCGGGAAUAAUAAUAAUCUUGAUGAUCUGACAAACAAAAGUUGCCCAAGAGGUCACUGGAGACCCGCUGAAGAUGAAAAACUUAGACAACUGGUUGAGCAGUAUGGCCCUCAAAACUGGAAUUCAAUUGCAGAAAAACUUCAAGGAAGAUCAGGGAAGAGCUGUAGAUUGAGAUGGUUUAACCAAUUAGACCCACGAAUUAACAGAAGACCCUUCUCAGUGGAAGAAGAAGACAGGCUUCUUGGAGCUCAUCGCGUUCAUGGAAACAAAUGGGCUCUAAUUUCACGACUCUUCCCUGGCAGAACAGAUAACGCUGUCAAGAAUCAUUGGCAUGUCAUCAUGGCUAGAAAACAAAGAGAACGAUCCAAAUUACUGUACGGUUCAAAGGGAUCCUCAUCAUCUAGUAGUAUUAAUUAUUAUGAUAAAAGUAAUGGUUUUGUAGGAAUAUACUCAUCACUAAGAUCUAGUCACAACAAUGAUCUAUAUAAUUGCUCGAGUGAAUUCCAAUAUGAAAACAGUUGUAGCAGCCGUGGGAUCAAUAUUGAAUUCCGAGAGAGGCACAAAGAUAUCGACAGCAGCGAUGAACAUGAAGCGCUUGAAAUCUUCUGGACGGGCACAUCACUUUCGGAUAAGUCAGUACAACCUUCUUGGGUUUUUCCUGCAGGACCAACAGGUACUGUCUACUCGCAACAGAAACAUUUGAUGAAUGGAUUAGGUAAUGGUGGAGGAUCAUCAACAUUAGUAGUAAGGGAUAUAUUUCGCAGUUCCACUUCUAGCAAUGCUUGUCGUAUCAUGGAGAGGCCAUCGUCAUUACAUGGUUUUAAUGGCGACCGUUCAUCAGCACUUCAUCACUAUCAUCAUCAGUGUUAUAAUUUAUCAAAGUAUUCUUCUUCAUCAAUGUAUGGACCGGGAUACAGGAGUUUAGGUGCAGCAAUUACUGAACCGGGCAACUUUGUCAGAAUGUCACAUCCCGCUGGCGAGCUCCCCACAAGUAAUCUUGGUGAUGGUACGGGUUUACGUUUUGGAAGUGAUAAGAAAUUAACCAAUAAGCAGGAUAUAGUUCAUUUAGGCCAUACUCGUUCAUACGAAUGUCCGAGGUUGAGCAUGUCAAACCAACUGCAAGAGCAAUUAGGGGAUCCUCAUGAUCAAUCCGCAGUGGAACAAAAAGAGGUGCCUGCUUUUAUAGACUUUCUUGGAGUUGGUAUUUCUUUGCCUUGAUGAUAUUUCUAGCUUGAAACAACUAAUGUUACGGUUAUGUACCUCUAGCUAGAGAAUAAUUAGUUGAAAUCUUAUGCUGUAGUAGUUUUCUGUUGAUGUUUGGGAAUCCCGGGCACCAACUAUACAUAUAAGAGUAUACUGUUCUUAUAUUUACUUAUAAAAGUGUCAUCUGCCGUGACUGUAA